AUGUCUACACUCGAUAAUCACGAAGAUGACGAAUUGAAUAGCUUUUUCGCCAAGAAAGACAAGGUAUCGAAGAACAAGAAGGUCACAACCAAACCAAUCAACACUUUAAAUAGUUCAUCAUCAUCACUAAAUACAUCAAACAGCUCAGUUCAAACUGUAUCUGCAUCGACCACCACCACCGCCACUACCAUCACUGCCGAUAGCACUUCACCAACCAACUCGCUCGAAUCAUCACAAUCAACUUCACCAGUUUUGUCUGCCGCCGCCGUAAUUGCCGCCAAGCAAAAGACUGUUGUAGAUCUUUCACAAAUCUCUAAACCAAAAGAAACAGCACCAAUUUCUACUAUUUCAGAUGUCAAAGAGGCUAAAAUCGAUACAGUUCAUAUUCCAAACAACAUGAGAUGGGCUGAGAAAGCAGAUUCUCAAUCAGUUAAUACACCAGCUACCGCUUCAAAGAGUAAUAAACAAUACCCAUCACUUUCAGCUGCAAAGUUUGAUUCGAGUGAGCGUGGACUAACAGAUCGAUUCGAUGAUAGGGAUGAGAAGAAGAAACCAGAGAUUGACCAUGACAAAUAUGUAAACCAAGAUAAAGAGCAAGAUCCACAGGAAUCCGUCGUUGAAAGCUCGACAUCAAGCAAGAAAACAAAGAAGACACAACCAAAGCCAAAGAAGAAAUCAAAGUCAGAGUUGGAAGCUGAGGCAUUGAUGAAGCAAUUAGGUUUGGAAGAGGAGGGUGCCGCCAUUCCAAAAUCAAAAAAGAAAUAA